UACUGUAUCUUAUAUAUGUGGUGGGUAGCUGCCAAUUCAUCAAGUUAAUCCUCUCUCUCUGAGGACACAUCUCCCCUACACCACCAUGAUGACAGACAUCUCAGCUUUCCUCCGAAGUAUUAUCAAUGGAAACGAUCCCCUCUCACGCUUGCUCUUCACCCUCUUUGUUAUCUUUACGCUCUCUUGGUAUGUAUGGAUUUACUCCAAAAGUAAUAAGGUCACCCCACCGUUGCCACCGGGACCCCGUGGCCUGCCCUUGGUCGGAAACCUUCUCUCCCUCGACCCGGAACUGCACUCAUACUUCGCCGGCCUUGCCCAGAAACACGGACCCAUACUCAAGCUCCGGCUCGGCAACAAGCUCGGCAUCCUGGUGACCUCCCCAUCCCUUGCUCGCGAAGUGCUCAAGGACCACGACGUCAACUUCGCAAACCGUGACGUGCCCGCCUCUGCCCGGGCCUUAGCCUAUGGUGGGUCCGAUAUAGUGUGGACCCCGUACGGGCCGGAGUGGCGGAUGCUCAGAAAGGUCUGUGUGCUCAAGAUGCUCAGCAACGCAACCUUGGACUCCGUCUACACGCUCCGCCGCAAACAGGUCCGAGAAACCGUCGCGUACUUCUACAGUAGGGUCGGUUCUCCCGUGAACAUCGGGGAGCAGAUGUUCUUGACGGUGCUCAAAGUAAUAACCAACAUGCUGUGGGGUGGGACGGUGGAAGGUGAAAAGAGUGCGAGCGUAGGGUCGGAGUUCAGGGAGGUGGUGAACGAGAUGACUGAGCAUUUGGGGAAGCCUAACAUCUCGGAUUUUUAUCCUAGUUUGGCUCGGUUCGAUUUGCAAGGCAUAGUGGGGAAGAUGGCAGGGUUGGCCCGACGGUUUGAUCGGAUCUUUGAUGUCAUGAUAGAUCAAAGACUGAAGAUCAAUAAAGAAGACGGGAGCAGAUCAGCAGCUGAGGAUAUUGUUUCCGGCAAGGAAGAUUUCCUGCAGUUUUUAUUGAAAUUGAAGGAUGAAGGAGAUUCCAAGACACCUCUCACCAUGUUCCACCUCAAAGCAUUGCUCAUGGAUAUGGUGGUGGGUGGGACAGAUACAUCCUCCAACACGAUCGAGUUUGCCAUGGCUGAAAUUAUGAACAAACCAGAAGUGAUGAAGAAAGCCCAGCAAGAAUUAGAGGAUGUAGUUGGCAAAGACAACAUUGUCGAAGAGUCUCACAUUAACAAAUUAUCCUACUUGCAUGCUGUGAUGAAAGAAACGCUGAGGUUGCACCCUGUGCUGCCGCUCUUAGUCCCUCAUUGCCCCAGCGAGACGUGCGCCGUGGGAGGCUACACCAUUCCAAAAGGCUCUCGGGUGUUCGUGAAUGUGUGGGCAAUUCAGAGGGACCCUUCCAUCUGGGAAAAUCCAUUAGAAUUUGAUCCCCUGAGGUUCUUCAAUAAUAGUAAAUGGGAUUACACUGGAAGUGACUUAAACUAUUUCCCAUUUGGGUCUGGCCGAAGAAUAUGUGCUGGCAUAGCAAUGGCUGAGAGGAUGGUGAUGUAUUCACUUGCUACUCUUUUGCAUUCUUUUGAUUGGAAAUUGCCUCCUGGAGAUCAGAAGCUGGACCUUUCGGAAAAGUUUGGGAUCGUUCUAAAAAAGAAGAACCCUCUUGUUGCAAUUCCUACCCCAAGGUUACCUGAUCCAUCUCUCUAUACCUAAGUUCACGGGGCCGUGAGAUUGUAAUAAUGAUCGAUGUUUUUUAUGUCUCAGUUUUUUGCUCCAUUUGGCCGCUUCGAGUCUUUGAAGUUGCUCAAAUUAAUUUGUACGCAAGAAGCUAAUUAAGUAAUCCUGCAAUCUUAAAAA